AUGGAGGUGGGUCUGAAGAAGGACUCGCCCAUUACAUACAGCAACGGAAAGCGUCUGUUCACCAUCGACCAGAAGGUGGACGCGCUGGUCCGCAUCAAGAUGACUGGUUGUUCAAAGGCCGAAGUGGCCAGGAGCCUACACGUGGCCGAGUCCACGUUCCGCGGCUGGUUUAAGAACAAGGACAUUGUCAUGAAGGCAGAGGCAAAAUACAACGAGAUGAAGUCAAAGUCUUCGUCCACGUCAUCGGAUGGUUAUAAGUCGGACGACAAUUCUAAAUCAUUUUCUGUCGACGGCUCAGAUAACAACUCAUCGACAUACACAGAUGAGCGGGAAGGAAGCUCGUCAAGGUUCAGCAGCCCAGAUCCGUGCGUUUCCAAUUCAGUUCGCCGCAGUCCCGAGAGACUUCAUCACCACCAACAGCACCAUCACAAGCUCAAGCUGAAAAAACAACAGCUCAACAGUACCAUGACCUUGAACAACAACAACAAUGUUGGUGGUGGUCUGCUGGGCGGUGGUUUGAUGGGUACCGGUCUCAACUCUGGUCUCAAUGCUGGUCUUAACGCUAGCAUCAGCGCCAGCCUCAACGCCGGGUUCAACGCAAGUCUCAGCGCAAGUCUUAACGCAAGUCUCAGUGCUGGUCUCAACGCAAGUCUCAGUGCCGGUCUCAACGCAAGUCUCAGUGCCGGUCUUGGCGCUGGUCUUGGCGCAUCUGGACUUGGUGGUGGCCAUGGCGUCGCCGGCUUAAAUGGUGGUCUCAGCCUUAAUCAGCAACAGCAACAACUGCAACACCAUUUGACACAGCUUGCCCAUCACCCGCUCCAUCACAAUAUGCCGCCACUUGGCGGCCUCAAGAGCAACAACGUCGCCGCCGCAGCAGCAGUUGCGGCCGCCGCCGCAGCCGCAGCAGCCGUCGAUCACCCGAAUCUCAGGCUGAGCCCCAUUGAAUUCCAAAACAAGAUCAACACUUUCUUGACCUCCAACUCAUUGCCGGCGCCCCCGCUACCAAGUUCAGUCAACUAUUUGACUCCGAAUUUCACUGCGGAAAAUUCCUACAACAAGUCGAGCAGUUUCAUCAACACCAUGGUGACUGCCACUCUGAUGGAGCCGCAGGCAUUGGACCUGUCCACGCACUCGAGAAAUAAGUGUAAGGAUUGCAAACCGUCAUUAACCACAACCAUGGUCACAAACACCACCACCACUACACAACCGAGCUCGAAAAUACUGAGGCACAAUUCUUACAGAAACCUGUACAAGCCGUAUAAUACCAGGUGCACCGACGACAUCGUACAUCCUACACAAGGUAUUAACCCCAGGAACUCAUUGUGGCAGUUGUAA